GGCUGUCGCGGGCGCCGGGAAUUCUGGGGGCUGCGCAGGUCUUUCCCAUUUGCUGCUGGGAGGGAAAGCGAAGAUUCUUUUCCUAUCAUUUUGGAUCCUUGACUUCAUGGGAUGAGAUUCUGGCUAGUGAGAGCCAGUAGAAAGCCAGACCAGGAAAGUAGGGACAAAGUGUCUAUGUGGGUCAUCUGGUACUGCCAAAACAAGGAGAAACGGACAGAUAGACCUGGCUGAAGCAAAGGCUGAUGACAAUGGCAUCCCAGGUGCUCCUCCCAUUAAGGGUAUCCGUGCUGAGCAUAAUGCUUUGGCUGCUGGCAGCCGCAUACAUUUCUUCAUGCCUCAAUAAUCAUGUCCAGAAUCAGUUCUCACUGUCCAAUCCAGAGAAGAGCAGUGUUCAGGAAAAAAAGAAAGAGACAUCAACAGAGGAAGAACUUGACAAUGAAGACCUAGACGUAUUUUAUCCCACAAACCAAUGGCAGACCCUGCAGCCAGGUCAAGCUGUCCCUGCUGGUUCCCAUGUGCGCCUGAAUCUGCAGACUGGAGAGAGAGAAGUAAAGCUCGCAGAUGGGGAAAAAUACCAAAAUAACUUGAAAGAGCAAAAAAAAGGCCAAAGGUUGGAUCUCAACACGCAUGGUUUCACAUCUCAGGACCUCAAGAGUGCUCUUGCAAAAUUCAAGGAGGGAGCAGGGGCUGAAAAGGAAGAUAAGGCUCGGCAGGAAGAGGUCAGGCGACGUUUCCGCCCUAUUGAAGAUCUGAAGAAGGACUUUGAAGCAUUGAAUGUUGUCAUUGAGACUGACCUUCAGAUUAUGAUUCGGCUGAUCAACCAGUUCAACAGCUCCAGCACCACCCUGGAAGAGAAGAUAACUGCUCUCUAUGAUUUGGAAUAUUAUGUGCAUCAGAUGGAUAAUGCUCAGGACCUGCUCUCCUUUGGGGGUCUUCAGGUGGUGAUCAAUGGGCUCAACAGUACUGAGGACUUGGUGAAGGAAUAUUCUGCCUUUGUGUUAGGUGCUGCUUUCUCCAGUAACCCCAAAGUCCAAGUGGAGGCCAUAGAAGGCGGUGCCCUCCAGAAGCUGCUGGUCAUCCUGGCGACUGAUCAUCCUUUGGCUGUGAAAAAAAAGGUGCUGUUUGCUCUGUCAUCCCUUCUUCGGCAUUUCCCCUACGCCCAGCAGCAGUUCCUGAAGCUCGGGGGCUUGCAGGUGCUUCGGAGCCUGGUCCAUGAGAAGGGCAUGGAGAUGCUGGCUGUGCGCGUGGUCACCCUGCUCUAUGACCUGGUCACUGAAAAGAUGCUGGUGGAGACGGUGGAGCCCGGCCAGGACCCCCCGCCGGAGAAGGUGCAGCAGUACCGCCAGGUGUCGCUCAUGCCGGGGCUUCGGGAGCAGGGCUGGUGCGGCAUCGUUUCGGGCCUUCUGGGGCAGCCGGACCAUGACAUGCGGGAGAAGGUGCUGCGGACUCUGGGCGCCCUCCUGGCCCCGUGCCGGGACCGCUACCGCCAAGACGCGGCCCUCGGCAGCACGCUGCAGGGCUUGCGGGCCGAGUACCAGGAGCUGGCGGCCCAGGAGCAGCGCGACGGGGAGGAGAACGGCUACUUCCAGGAGAUGCUGGGCACCAUCGACAGCUUCAUCCGGGAACUUCGGUGAGGCCCUCGUGGCAGGCGGGCGGACGGUCGGAGGCCCUUGUGGGCUCGGAGCCGAGGGAGGCUCUCCGCCUCCCCCUGUCGGCCAUUAAACGGAGGUGUUGAGAGCUC